AUGCCCUCCAACACUACCAUCCCCGACGCCGCUCACCGUCUUCGCACGAUUCUCACUGACAACGUUCCAUAUUGCAGCGGCACUUUCGUGGGCCAGCCGCGAGACUUCCUGCUGUACUACGGCAAAGCUGAACAAGUUGGUCGGAUAGACCUGGCCAACGGUACAGUCGAUGAGCUCGAUAGACUCGCCGAGGCGUGUCAACCUGCGUCCUUUGGCGUCAAUCAAGAGGACGUCUUCGACGAGUCGUAUCGCAAAGCUGGCAAGCUGGACCUCGAUUCUUUCGUACUCGCAUUCAACGCCGACACUCAUACGAGCAUGCUUGAUGCCAUACGCUCCGGCCUGUUCCCCGGAACCGAUGACAGGGCGAUACAAGUUGAACUGUACAAGCUGAAUGUAUACGGAGAGAAUGCUUUCUUCAAAUCGCACAAAGACACCCCACGCGCGGAGAACAUGUUCGGAUCCCUUGUCAUCGUCUUCCCCACCCCGCACGUCGGGGGCGCACUCAUCCUGCGACACGACGGACGCGAAUGGGUCUUCGACUCUGGCAAGCUGCUCUCAGACCCCAGCCUUCCCCCCAGCAUCGCAUACGCCGCGUUCUUCAGCGACGUCGACCACGAGGUCACGCUAGUUGAAUCCGGACACCGUGUGUCCGCCACCUAUAACCUCUACUUCUCACCUUCGGGAGCUGUGCCCGCGUCUGCAACGGCGACGAGUUCCGCAGCUGCGUUGCGCGUACUGCACCCCGUUGGCGAAAACCCAUCCGAGGUCUCCAGCGCGCUCCAGGCAAUCCUUGCAGAACCGGCGUUCCUGCCAAACGGUGGCACACUCGGGUUUGGUCUUCGUCACCUGUAUCCGUUUCCCAAGACUUGGAGCGAUGGUGACGUGGAACCCCUCACGAGCCUGAAGGCCUGGCUCAAAGGGAGCGAUGCCGCGUUGCUGCACGCAUGCCAUGCGCAUGACCUGCACCCGGCACUGCAGCUUCUGCACGAGGAGGAAUGGGAUGACAGACGUGGUCUUCGCUCGACGCUGUUCCACCGGAUGCCGGUGGUCGACUGGGCCGGAGAAGGAGAAUGGAUAGACCGGCAGUUGUUGCGCUACUACGGCGCGACGCGCAUGUAUCGUGUCGACCCGUUCGAGACUGCGACGCCGGAAGAGGGCCGCGAGCUGAAGCACAUGACCCGGAAGGCUGAGGAAACCCCAGAAUCUGGUGAGGAGUAUGACCCGGACGACACGCUCCCGAAGAAGACCGCGACGGUGCAUAUGCUCACGAACGUCACGAGUAACAACCGAAUCAAGAAUACCUAUGCGGCGUACGGCAACGACGCUUCCAUGGGCAUCAUGUACGUGGGCAUGUGCCUCAUCGUCGAUAUUGGGCCAGCGGGCCAGCGCGACAACGUGGAUGCCGACAGGUGGAGGAUUAAAAGGAGCGGGACCUCCGAGGUGGAAUCGAAGUAA